AUGAGCUGGACGCCGGGGCUCCCGCCGCCGGGGGCGUCGCUGACCCUGCGGGUGACCUUCGUGGACGUGCACCCCGACGUGAUCCCCGUGCAGCUGUGGGGCCUGGUGGGCCAGCGGCGGGAGGAGUACGUGCGGCUGAGCCGGGAGAUCCAGGAGGCGGCGGCGACGCGCGGGCCCUGGGCGCUGGGCGGCGCCCCGGCGGCGCCGGGCGAGCUGUGCCUGGUGCAGGUGGGGCUCGUGUGGCACCGCUGCCGCGUGGUGAGCCGCCAGGCGCAGGAGAGCCGCGUCUUCCUGCUGGACGAGGGCCGCACCAUGGCGGCGGGCGCGGGCUCGCUGGCGCCGGGCCGCAGCGAGUUCUUCCACCUGCCGUCGGAGGUGCUGGGCUGCGUGCUGGCGGGCCUGGCGCCCGCGGGCGGCGGGGGCGCGGGCGGGGGCGAGCCGCAGACGUGGGCGCCCGGCGCCGUGGACUUCCUGAGCGGCCUGCAGGGCCAGGAGCUGCGGGGCCGCGUCCUGGACGUGCUGCUCCCCUACCGCCUGGUGCUGCUGGAGGUGCCCGCCGUCUUCCAGCAGAUGCAGGAGCUGGGCCUGGCCCGCCAGGUGCCCGACGGCCUCUUCUGCUUCCUGCUGAAGCGCUACCUGGCGUCGGUGGGCAAGGCCGCGUCGGGGACCCCGGUCCUCCCGCGGGUGCUGCCCAAGCCCGAGCCGCCGGGCCUGGAUUACUUCUACCCGCAGCUGCAGCUGGGCGUGACGGAGCCCGUGGUGGUGACGCAGGUGUGCCACCCGCACCGCAUCCACUGCCAGCUGCGGAGCCUGUCGCAGGAGAUCCGCCGCCUGUCGGAGAGCAUGGCGCAGGCGUACCGCGCGUCCCCGCCCGCCGCGCGGGGCACGGGGGACGAGAGCGCGGGGGCGGCGGCGGGGCCGGCGGGGGGCGGGCCCGGCGGCGGCGGCGGCGAGGAGCGGGAGGAGAGCCCCGACAAGCCGGGCUCCCCGUGCGCCUCGUGCGGGCUGGACGGCCGCUGGUACCGCGCGCUGCUGCUGGAGACGUUCCGGCCGCAGCGCUGCGCGCAGGUGCUGCACGUGGACUACGGGCGCAAGGAGCUGGUGAGCUGCAGCAGCCUGCGCUACCUGCUGCCCGAGUACUUCCGCAUGCCCGUGGUCACCUACCCGUGCGCCCUGUACGGGCUCUGGGACUGCGGCCGCGGCUGGUCGCGCUCGCAGGUGGGCGACCUCAAGGCGCUGAUCCUGGGCCAGGCGGUGAACGCCAAGAUCGAGUUCUACUGCUCGCUGGAGCACGCGUACUACGUGACGCUGUACGGGGAGGACGGCCUGAACCUCAACUGCGCCUUCGGGGUGCAGGCCUGCUGCCUGGCGGACCGCUUCCUGCGCAGCAGCCGCGGCGGCGGCUCGGACGGGGAGGAGGACGAGGAGGACGAGGAGGAGGAGGAGGCGGCGGCGGCGGCGGCGGCGGGCGCGGCGCUGCUGCUGCCGCCGUCGCCGCCCCCGGCGGAGGAGGAGCGGGACGCGUUCCCCCCGCGCGCCCUGCGGAGCAUCCGGCUCCGGAUGAACGCCUUCUACGACGCGCAGGUGGAGUUCGUGCAGAGCCCGUCGGAGUUCUGGAUCCGCCUGCGCAAGCACGGCCGCGCCUUCCACAGGCUGGCCCGCAAGAUGGGCAGCUUCUACGCGUCGGCCAGCAAGCUGGACGGCGUGGUGCUGAGGCCCGAGCCCGACGACCUGUGCUGCGUCAAGUGGAAGGAGAACGGCUACUUCCGGGCCACGGUGACGCGGCUGGACGGCCAGAGCGUGGACGUGUUCCUGGUGGACCGGGGAAACUCGGAGACGGUGGACUGGUACGACGUGAGGAUGCUGCUCCCGCAGUUCCGGCAGCUGCCCGUCCUGGCGCUGAGGUGCGCCCUGGCGGACAUCUGGCCCCUGGGGAAGAGCUGGAGCCAGGAGGCCAUCUCCUUCUUUAAGAAGACGGUCCUCCACAAGGAACUGGUCAUCCACAUCCUGGACAGGCAGGACCACCAGUACAUCAUCGAGAUUCUGGACGAAUCGCGCACCGGAGAGGAAAACAUUAGCAAGGUGAUCGCCCAGGCCGGCUACGCCAAGUACCAGGAGUUCGAGACCCAGGGGAACGGGCCCUCCCCGGGGCAGGGGGCCGGCGCUUUCCUCGCGGAGAGUCACAAGGCGGCGUGUUCUGCCCAGAAGGUCGGGGAACAGAGAGCCAAGAUGGAAAACAAAACCUCCUCUGCGCUAGAAACUCCCAGCGACCCAGCAAUGGCUGCCCACGUUCUGGCUGGGCAAGUGGUGCUGGAGAAGGAGAAGGGGAUCCCUCUGGGUUCCCCUCCGGUCCCCAGCUUCUUGUCCAUGAAAGCCGCCGACCUUUGCUGGAAAAACGAACUGGAGGUGGGAACCACCGUGGAAGUGAAGGUGUCCUGCGUGGAGAACCCCAGCUCCUUCUGGUGUCAGUUGUCGAAGGACACGCAGGGGUUUAGAACUCUGAUGUGUGACAUUGCAGAUUAUUGUGAAAACACCCCGGCCCCUUACCAGGGAAUCACCCCUGCUUGCCUGGCGAAGAGGGCCGAGAGCGGGAAGUGGUCCCGAGCCCUGAUCUGCGGGGCCCCGUCCUCGGAACUCGUCAGCGUGGUCUUCAUCGAUUAUGGGGACAAAGACACUGUGCCUGUGAGGAAUAUAUACGCCAUGACCAACGACUUUCUCACCGUUAGAGCUCAGGCUUUCAGGUGCAGCCUUUAUAAUCUAAUCCAGCCCACUGGGGAGAAUCCCUUCGUGUGGGAUGAGAAGGCCGUGCAGGCGUUCAGCGGAUUUGUCAACAACGCCUGGCAAAACAACCUCGAGUUAAAAUGCACCAUCUUUGCUCUGGCGUCCGUCCAGGAUGCGGAGCCCUUUAACGUCGUGGACCUGCUGACUCCCUUUCAGAGUGCGUGCCAUUUCUUGGUGGAGAAGAGACUCGCCAGGCCCGUAAAGCUCCAGAAGCCUCUGGAAGCGUCUGUGCGGCUCCACUCCUACUACUAUUCCACACACGACAUGAAAAUCGGGAGUGAAGAGGCCGUGUACAUAACCCACGUCGAUGACCCCUGGACAUUCUACUUCCAGCUGGCAAGAAACUCGAGUGUGUUGGAGCAGCUGUCGUACAGCAUCACGCAGUUAAGUGACGUUUUGCUGAAGCUGGACACGUCUCCCUCGGUCCCCGGGAACUUGUGCCUUGCCCAGUACACAGACAGCAACUGGUACCGAGGGGUAAUAAUGGAAAAGGAUCCGAAUAAAGUCUUCUUUGUGGACUUCGGGAACAUUUAUGUCACCAACGAGAACCUCCUGCCCAUACCCCGGGAUGCGUACGACGUUUUGCUCCUGCCCAUGCAAGCCGUCAAGUGCUCCUUGUCGGAUAUCCCCAGUCACAUUCCGGAAGAGGUGACGACAUGGUUUCAAGAGACCGUGUUAGACAAGUCCCUGAAGGCCUUAGUGGUGGCGAAAGAUCCGGAUGGAAGGCUGAUUAUAGAACUCUACGAUGACAGCAUCCAAAUCAACGCCAGCAUUAAUGAGAAGGUAGGGUUGCUGGGUUGUAAAAACAGGAUCAAGAAAAAACAGAAAGAGGGCGAAGCGUUCUUCACCUCUGAAACCCCGGAAGAAAAACAUGACACGGUGAAGCUGUCUCCUACAGCGUACCUGAGUAAGUCAGGAGAGAGCCGAUUACACGGUGGGGAGAUCCUCGGCGACGCUUGCAAACCCAAGAUGAGCUCCCUGUGUAAGGAGUUCAGGGGUUUACAGAGCCCAGCGAAGACCAGUCUGUUCCCUCAAUAUCAGGACCCUGUGGAAAACACCAACGAGCCAGGGUUUCCCUUAGCACGAGUCAAGAAAGACAUUUUUGAGGACGCCCCCCUGCAGACCCUGAGGGUGGAGGGCACCCUCCCGGAGAGGCGGGCCGGGGCCCCGGGGAACAAAGACUUGCCUCGAAAACUCGGCGAGCUCCCCAAGAAGAUGAUCUCGCCCGGCUUGAAGACGACCGUGUACGUGUCCCACGUGAACAACAUCUCCGACUUCUACGUCCAGCUCAUGGAGGACGAGGCGGAAAUCAACCAGCUUUCUGAGAGGCUGAACAAUGCCCAGACCCUCCCGCAGCACUACACGGGGCCGCCUCUGCAAAGCGGGAACGUCAUCUGCGCCCUGUUCCCCGAAGACAACCUGUGGUACCGGGCCGUGGUCCGGGAGCGCCAGCCCAACGACUUCCUCUCGGUGCAGUUCAUAGACUACGGCAACGUGUCCGUGGUUCACGCCACCAAGACCGGCAGGCUGGAGCCGGCGAACGCCCUGUUGCCGGGCCUGUGCGUCCACUGCUCUCUGCGAGGACUCUGCGUCCCCGACAUCAUCGACUGUAAGGAAAUCACCACUUACUUUUCCCAAAGGACCGACGAAGCCCAGAUGGAAUGUGAAUUUAUCAAAUUUCAGGACCGGUGGGAGGUGAUUCUUACUGACGACCGAGGCAUGAUCGCAGAAGAUGUGGUGAACAGAUACGCUUCCAUCGAAAAACCCCGGGCGGGCCUUGCCACCCCGAUUGUGAAAGGGGAUCGCUCAAAGUCUGCCAACCGACCGGACGUGGACACCUCCGUGUUCCUGAACUGGUACAACCCGCAGAUGAAGGCGCUCCGAGCGUAUGCCACCGUCAUCGACGGGCCCGAGUACUUCUGGUGUCAGUUUGCAAACACGGAGGAACUCCAGUACUUAGAGACGGAGGUUCAGAACGCCGGCAAGCAGAUCCUGGAGUGGAGGAACCGCAUCCACUCGCCUCAGAUCGGAGACCCGUGCAUAGUCAAAUACAGGGAAGACGGGCACUACUACCGCGCCCUGAUCACCAGCAUCUGUGAGGACGACUUCCUGACUGUCAGGCUUGUGGACUUUGGGAACAUGGAGGACUGCGUGGACCCCAAAGCGGUCUGGAACAUCCCCGGGGAGCUGCUGAUGGUUCCCAUGCAGGCGUUCCCGUGCUGCCUGGCGGGAUUUCACGUCUCGGGAGGCGCGUGCCCCCAAGACGGCAAUGACUACUUCUACGAAAUCGUCACACAGGACGUGCUGGAGGUGACCAUCCUGGAGAUCCAGAAGGACGUGUGCGACAUCCCCCUGGCCAUCGUCGACCUGAGAAGCAGAGGCGAGAGUAUCAAUGAGAAGAUGAAGAAGUACGCCAAGCUGGGCCUUCCCAAGAGCGGCCUGUCCUACGAGAAGAAGGGCCCCGAGGUCAAAGGAGGCUCCGGGCCCCCCAGCCCGGGGCUUGGGCCUCAGAAGCCAGGCAACAAAGCUGUCCAAGAGCAGGCGUCGUCGUACGCGGAGCCGGAGCCGGAGCAACUCCCCGACAGGGGCGAGAAAGAGCUGCACGCGCUCGACGCCAAACCGAGCAAGUUCUACGACCUGGGACCGGAUUGCGUUUUCGAGGCCUCGGAGAACUCGUGCAAAGAUCACAUGGCGUCGGAGGUGCUGGAAGGGGGCCUGGAGGGCCCCCCGGGGGACCCGGGCACGUUCGAGGAGAAGUACCUGAUGGCAGGCUUCGGCACCGCCUCGUCCCUGGCCAGCGAGGUGAAGGAGCUCCUGGAAGCGAGCUCGCUGGAGCUGCCGCUCUCCCCGGAUGAGGAGUCCAGAGAAUUCUUAGAACUGGAACCCAUGGAACUGCAGUGUUCCCUGGUGGGGGAUGAAGACAAAGAGGACCUCGACCCGGGGCCGCCCCCGGGGUCCCUGUCCCCAGGCCGCGGCCCCGGAGGUGCCCUGGAGCCCUUCGCGGCCCAGCUCUCCCUCGAGGGCGAAGCCGAGCAGCAGCCAGAGCUAGAACUGCCCCUGUCCCAGCCGUUUCCGGAGGCGGGCCUAGACGCCCUGCCGGCCAGAGCGGCUCAGCAGCCUCAGGAUUCCAGAUGUGCCGGUGACCGGAGCAGAUCCAGCUGUGCGGCGCCGGCUGACGAUCAGCACGCGGGGGCCUCGGGCGGGGCCCCCCUGCCCACCGACGAGAGCCCGUUCGGGGAAGACUUCCCCACGUACCGAGGCAGGAACGCCGCCGGGCUGCCGCCGGCCCCCCUGGUCCCCACGGAGGAACCCCGGGAAGGAAGGAAGCAAGUCCACAUGGCAGCGGAUCACAUCUCAGGUAGUCUUAUUCCAUUGAAUUUGGCAGUUCAGCUGCAGAACACCUACACCUUGAAAGGAUUUUCAGUUGGAUCCAAAUGUGUUGUGUGGUCAAGUCUGAGAAACACAUGGUCCAAAUGUGAGAUUUUGGAAAUAGCCGAAGAAGGCACUAGGGUUCUGAACCUUUCCAGCGGCGUAGAGGAGGUCGUAAGCCCUGAGAACGUCUGGAAUGGCAUCCCCCAAUUAGACAAGGGCCCGUCUGAGGCUGGCUUCCAAACAAUGGGGAAAGAUCAUUACUUCAUGUCACCGGAUAAUGUCACAAUGACAGAAAAGGAGUGCGGCGAUGACCUCGAUUAGCCGACGGACUCGCGGAGGGGGCGAGAAGCGGCUCCGCGAGGAGA